AUGACCGAUUUCUUACCAGAACAAAGACAAAUUCAAAACAAACGUGCCUUUUAUGGUUCCACAACGAACGUGUUUGACGCUACUGAUGAUGAUGAGGAACAGUAUUUCUCUUUCAGCAAAGCUGCAGCAGACUCAAGUUACUCCAUCGUUGACGUCCCCAACGUUGGCUGUAAGGCUGAGCCAAGCAGCAAGGAGACUGCCGAAAAUUCCAAUGGCAGUAAGAUUGGCAAAUCCUCUUCCCCAUCAUCUAAACCGCUCGCAAUUUUGGAAGAUACAUUUAAAACCAAUACCUCACCGAACAGUAAAGUUCGAGAAGCGUUAGCCGAAAAAGUAAACAUGUCUGAACGUUCAAUUCAAAUUUGGUUCCAAAAUCGUCGUGCAAAAAUGAAGGCUAUGCAAAAACGAGCACAUUUAAUGAUUAAUCAAGAAACGCUUGGUCAUUUUAUGACUUGUAUGCCAGGUUAUGGACAUAAUUUAUACCCUUUCCGCAUGCCAAUUCACCAUGCACAACGUAUUGCUCUUCCUAGAUCUUAUAGUACAAAUGACCUUACACCAGCUAUUAAUAAUGUAGCAUUAGGAAUGAGACCUCAACCAAAUUCAGGUCUAGGUAUUACUGUUCCUCAAGGAUUUUGGCCUUCUGGUCCAUUAACGGCACCAAUUACACCUUUAAGUGCCAAUGAUCCAGGUCACCUUAUGAAUGGGUUCCCUUUUUCGACUAAUUCUAUUCAACAGCAACAAAAUCAACGAUUUCCAAUAUCCCCCAAUGCUAGUCCAAAUUCUAAUGCCACUCAAGCCUUAAGACUUGUAGUUAAUCAUCCCACCAAUGGGAUACCAGUAAAAAUGAAUGAUCAACAAAAUUCCAUAUCUCAACCUCAACAGUUCACACCACCCCAAGAAUUCAUCACUCCGACUUUUAAUAAUCAAGCAGUUUCAGUUAUUUCAAGUGAAACUCUUACUAUUGGAACUUGGCGCCGUAUAUUAACAAUGCAAGCACCUACAGAUCUCUUAUGUUAUUACACAAUGCCACAAAAUGUUUUCACUUAUCAUAUAACUAAUGAUAAUACUCAAUUUAAAAUGGAUUUCCCACUUACUGAUAUUGCAUCAAUUGAAUAUCGACCAAUUGAUGAUAUUUAUGCACAAAUUGCAAUUGAAGUUAAAAAUUCACCUAAUUUCUAUAUGGAAUCACCUCAAGGUGGAUGGAAUAUGUGUAAAGAUUUUACUGAGGAUAGACAAGCUACUCGACAUAUGAGACAUGUAAUGAAAGGAAGAUCUAUUGUAAUGAAACCCCAACUUAUUAAACUCAUGCAAGAUGAUCCCCUUUUAGCCAAAGUGGUCACAAUCCUUGACACUCUGGUUGAAAAUCAAAAGCAAGAAAAUAAAACCGAUUCAAAUGGAUCACAAAUAAUUAAUGAUCAAGAGCAACAAAAUACAUCUCGUCGUUCAUCUUAUCCUCCAAGUGGAUCAGCAUCACUUUCUGAUCGUGAAGAUUAUAAAUCAAGCACAAAUCUUCUUAAACAAAUUGCCCGUACUCGUCGCUCAGCAUCUGUCCCAGUUUCACCUACUGAUGAAAAAAAUCUAAUUAAUCCAACAAUGGCAUCAAGUUCAUCAUUACAAGUAAAUACCUCUUCAACAUUCCUUGAUUUAUAUAAAGCCGAUGUGAAUAGUUCACCCGAAUUCUGUUCUUCACCAAUGGAACUUAACUCUAAUUCAUCGCCCACGACACCUUUAUAUGUAUUUGAUAAUUCACCGACCCUUAUGGAUUCAUCUCCACUUUUAAAUCAAGAUCCUUUUAUAUCUUUACCAUCACAUAAUUUGACAAAUUUAAUUCCUAAUAAUGAACAAAUUAAUGCAAUGGUUGGAUUUUCAUCUUCAAUGUCAGGACAAAGUCUUUCCAAUUUAUCAAAUGAUGAUUUCGCUACCAUUUUUAAUAAUAUGAAUAAUAUGAGUAGUGGUUCAGAUACAUCAUCAGACGUUAGUGAGUUCAUGACCUUUAAUGAUUAUGCCAAUGAAGCAAUGGGUGAAAAUAAUGAUGGAUUUUCUUCCACAAAUAGUAUGAUGAAUCUUGAUAUUUCCUCUUGGGUUGGAAAUGAUGUUACUUAUUAA